UGUCCGCCUGCGCAGUCCGGUCGGACUUUGUGCUGAGGGGUCGGCAGGAUGGAGAGGCGCGGGAUGAGCCUGCCCACCGGGCCGGACGCGCUGUGCUUCGACAAGGACGAGUUCAUGAAGGAAGAUUUCGACGUCGACCACUUUGUGUCUGACUGUAGGAAGCGGGUGCAGCUAGAGGAGCUGAGGGAUGACUUGGAGCUGUAUUACAGGCUGCUUAAAACAGCCAUGGUGGAGCUCAUCAACAAGGACUACGCCGACUUCGUCAACCUCUCGACAAACCUGGUUGGCAUGGACAAGGCCCUCAACCAGCUUUCUGUGCCUUUGGGACAGUUACGAGAGGAGGUUCUGAGUCUUAGGUCAACUGUCAGUGAAGGGAUUCGGGCAGUGGAUGAACGAAUGUCAAAACAAGAGGACAUUAGGAAUAAAAAGAUGUGUGUGCUGAGGCUGAUGCAAGUUAUUCGAUCUGUUGAGAAAAUUGAAAAAAUCCUAAAUUCUCAAAGUUCUAAAGAGACAUCUGCACUAGAAGCAAGCAGGCAUCAGGCUCUGCUUAUCAUCCCCAGCCCCCUGCUGACUGGACAGACCUUGGAGAGGAUCGCCACAGAGUUCAACCAGCUGCAGUUCCAUGCGGUCCAAAGCAAGGGCAUGCCUCUGCUGGACAUGGUGAGGCCGCGGAUCGCAGGCAUCACAGCAGUGCUGCAGCAGUCUCUGGAGGGCCUCCUGCUGGAAGGGCUGCAGACCUGCGAUGUGGACGUCAUCAGGCACUGCCUGCGGACCUACGCCACCAUCGACAAGACGCGGGACGCUGAGGCCUUGGUCGGCCAGGUCCUGGUGAAGCCGUACGUAGAUGAGGUGAUUGUGGAACACUCUGUUGAGUCACAUCCCAAUGGCCUUCAGGUCAUAUAUGAUAAGCUCCUGGAGUUUGUCCCCCACCACUGCCGCCUCCUUCGGGAAGUCACAGGUGGCGCUGUUUCCAGUGAGAGAGCCACCCCUGUUCCCGGGUACGACUUCUUAGUGAACUCUGUCUGGCCAGAAAUCGCACAAGGACUGGAGGAAAAGCUGCCCUCGCUCUUCAAUCCUGGGGACCCUGACGCAUUUCACCAGAAGUACACCACCAGCAUGGACUUCCUAAGAAGGUUUGAGCGACAGUGUGGGUCGCAGGCCAGUGUGAAACGGCUGCGAGCGCACCCUGCCUACCACAGCUUCAACAGCAAGUGGAACCUGCCGGUCUACUUCCAGAUACGGUUCAGAGAGGUGGCAGGAUCCUUGGAAGCAGCACUCACACGUGGGCUGGAAGAAGCACCAGCUGGGAGUCCGUUUUGCCUCUUGGCUUCCCAUAGAACGUGGAGCAGCCUGCUCAGGUGUUGGUCGGACGAGCUGUUCCUGCCCUUGCUGGUCCAUCGCCUCUGGAGACUCACUCUGCAGAUUCUGGCACGCUUUUCCGUCUUUGCCAGUGAGCUUUCUCGCAGGCCCAUUUCUAAUGAAAGUGCCAAGGAGAUCAAAAAGCCUUUGGUAGCUGGUAGCAAAGACCCUUCUGCCUCUCAAGGAGGUAAUGAAGACCAAGGAAGGGGACCUUCAGAGGAGAAGCCAAUGGAGUCCAUUUCCAGUACUCAGCUGGUGUAUGUGGUUGCAGACCUAGACAGGCUUCAGGAGCAGCUUCCAGAGCUCUUGGAGACAAUUAAGCCAAAACUGGAAAUGAUUGGCUUUGAGAAUUUCUCUUCUAUCUCAGCUGCCCUGGAGGACUCCCGGAGCUCCUUGUCAGCCUGCGUGCCUGCCCUGAGCAGCAGGGUCAUCCAGGACCUGAGCGAGUCUUGCUUCAGUUACCUGAAGGGUGCCCUAGAGGUGCCCCGGCUCUACCGAAGAACCAAUAAGGAGGUCCCUACCACAGCUUCUGCUUACGUGGAGAGUGCACUGAAGCCAUUUCACCAGCUCCAGAGUGGACACAAGGACAAGCUCAGACCCUCACUGGUACAGCAGUGGCUGGAAGGAGCACUUUCCGAGAGCACUCACAGGUACUGUGAGACUGUGUCAGAUGUCCUAAGCUCCGUGAGGAAGAUGGAGGCGAGUCUGAAGAGGCUGAAGCAGGCCAGAAAGAUCGCCGCAGCCAGCCCUGUGGGCCCCAGCAGUGGCAUGAGUGAUGACGACAAGAUCCGGCUGCAGCUGGCCUUGGACGUGGAGUACCUGGGCGAGCAGAUACAAAAGAUGGGCCUGCAGACAAGCAGCAUCAAGAGCUUCACAGCCCUUGCAGAGCUGGUGGCCGCUGCCAAGGACCAGGCAGCCACGGAGCAGCCAUAGCGUCCUGGUGGCCCAAGGGAAGAAAGCGGCUCUGUUCACAGCAGAGGCGCGUAUCCAGCAUUGCCCAGCAACGCUCGUGCCCACCUCAGCACCUUUGAAUCUCCUUUUACCCAAAAAGAACAAAGGCCUUUUUCCAUUGUAUGGAUGAGUUUUUAAGACAUUUGAAACUUUUUACUGUAGUUUACAGAUCAGAUGAUUUUAUUUUUAUUGCAAAUCUUAGCGUGGAAGAGCUGAUUCUAAAGCAGGGUUCGAGCUCAUGCAUAGGUGGGGCCCAGCUGUGUCCCAGGCUGGCUGGGUGCUGGGACUGCAUGGGGCUGCACCAGUGGACACACUGUCUGCUCAUGGACAGGGACCCAGCACCACUGCUCUCACUGGUCUCUGGACCUGUCAGGAGCCAGAGCCGGAGGAGGAGGAGAUAUCCCAAAUAAAGGAGUGUCUGCUGCAA